GCUGGGGCGGAAGGAUAUAAAUUGGGGGAAGCGUAGGGCUAAAGGGGAAAGGGACGUUGUUAACACUGGGAAUAAAGUAGUUCCUGCAGUGAGAGUGCCGGCGGGGGUACUCUCGUGGGCCCGAAUCUCUUCCUAAGGCGGGGGGGGGGACCUUAGUUCAGGCGGUUCCUUUGCCAAGCGGGGUUUGCCCUAAAAUCCAGCUCUGCUCUGGGUUGAAGGGGACCCUGAGUUUGUACCUUUCCAUCCUCACCCUCUUCCCCGCCUGGCAGUUUCAGCUUUGCUGCCUCAGUGAUAAUUGGGGGGAAGGGCUUUCGGGAGAAGGUGGGAAGAGAGGGGCGUGGGGGGAGGAUAGAGCCAAGAUAUGUGGGAGAGGGGAAGGAAGGAAAUAGUGGAUGUAAGGGAGAAGAAACGCCCAGAAAGUGGCACUGUUGGCAGACCAGGGAGGCGAGAAAGUGCCAGUGUGAAAAGAGCUGCUGUGAGGGGAUAGAAGGUGGUAGCCAAGGGACAGGGAUUGAGAGGAGGCAGAAAGGACACAAAUGUUCUCUUAGCCUUUCCUGUUUAAUCAGACCAUUCAGCCCAUAGCAGGCUUCCCAGAGGAGUGGCAGGGUGUGUGUGAAUCAGAUGCUCUGAUCAUUCUAAAGAGAGUUGUGCAGUGGGUUCUUUUCUCGCCCAGCUGUUUCAGACAUGUGGCUCUGUAUUAGAAACACUAGUUAGAACUGUGUCUAAGAAGAGACUUGCUGCCAGUGUAAAAAUUAGAUUAGAUUUCCCUAUUUUUAGAACGGAAGAGGGAAGCUGAUUUAUAAGUGAUUAUGUUUAAGAGAAACAUAUAUAUUCUCUAACUGCUCCAGGAAUAUUUGUUAACUUGGAUGCUUAGGCAGUCGAGAAUCUAAUGGGAAAAAAUAUUAGUGACCAAAAAGAAUUUGUGUUUGGUUGCUUGUGUAAAUAACAGUUGAGCUAAGUAAGCUCCUUUCCUUCUUACCUUGACCUAUUUCCAGUACUGUACCUAUACGAUGAACAACUACACUUCCUCAGGCCUGGAUGGCAAGGUCCAGAAAACUCUGAAAAAGGUCUUUGGUUUUGACUCCUUUAAGACCUCUCUGCAAGAGAGUGCAACCAUGGCAGUGGUGAAAGGUGAAAAUGAUGUCUUUGUAUGCAUGCCCACAGGGGCAGGGAAAUCCCUGUGCUACCAGCUUCCUGCAGUUCUGGCAGUGGGCAUUACCAUUGUCAUUUCACCUCUGAUUGCACUGAUUCAGGACCAAGUGGAUCAUUUGUUGGCACUGAAGGUCAAAGUCUGUUCUCUGAGCUCCAAGCUUUCUACUCAGGAAAGGAAGCCCAUCCUGGCUGACUUGGCAAGUGAGAAGCCCCGGGUGAAGCUCCUGUAUAUUACGCCAGAAAUGGCAGCUGCCUCCUCCUUCCAGCCCACCCUGAACUCCCUGGUGUCUCGAAACAUCUUGUCCUACCUAAUAAUUGAUGAGGCUCACUGUGUCUCCCAGUGGGGACAUGAUUUCCGACCCGACUACCUGCGGCUGGGCAUCUUACGCUCUCGCAUACCCAACACACCGUGUGUCGCCCUGACUGCCACAGCCACCAAGCAGGUUCAGGAUGACAUAGUGGUGUCACUUAAGCUAAAGCAGCCUGUUGCCACCUUUAAGACUCCUUGCUUCAGAUCUAACCUGUUCUAUGAUGUGCAGUUUAAGGAGUUGUUGACUGAUCCCUAUGUGAAUCUGAAGGAUUUCUGUCUGAAGGCACUUGAAGAGAAGAAUGCCCAAGGGGUAUACGCUGGCUGUGGCAUUGUGUACUGCAGGAUGAGAGAGGUCUGUGAACAAUUGGCUGUUGAGCUGAGCUACAGAGGAGUGAAAGCCAAGGCCUAUCAUGCAGGGCUGAAGGCAGCAGAAAGAACUUCAAUUCAGAAUGAGUGGAUGGAGGAGAAGGUCCCUGUUAUUGUCGCUACCAUCAGUUUUGGAAUGGGAGUCGACAAAGCUAACGUCAGAUUUGUUGCCCAUUGGAAUAUUGCAAAAUCAAUGGCUGGAUAUUACCAGGAGUCUGGAAGGGCUGGAAGAGAUGGAAAGAAGUCCUUUUGCCGUCUCUAUUACUCUAGGAAUGAUCGGGAUCAAGUCUCCUUCCUGAUCAAGAAGGAGCUCUCUAAACUCCAGGAGAAAAGAGGCACCUUGAAAGAAUCUGAUAAAGCUACGCUGUCGUCCUUUGAUGCUAUGGUGAACUUCUGUGAAGCGCUGGGAUGUCGCCAUGCUGCCAUAGCAAAGUACUUUGGGGAUGCCACCCCCACUUGUAACAAGUGCUGUGAUUACUGCAAAAACCCAGGAGCAGUGAAGAAGCAGCUGGAUACCCUGGAACUCAGCUGCAACAGCUGGAGCAGAACCUGCAUUGGAGCCACAAGUUCCUCUCGGGGCGCCUACGACCCAGAGCUAUACGAAGGAGGGAGGAGAGGCUACGGAGGCUUUAGCAGGUAUGACGGAGAAAAUGGUGGGAGCGGGGAUGAAGCCAGCGAGGGAAAUCGGAAACGGGAGUGGAACGACUUCUACAAAAAGCAGAUGAAUCUGCGCAAAGGCAAAGAACCAGGAAAAGAUGACUUUGUCCCUCCAGAUGCAGGCUGUCCCUUGAAAGAUGGCGCCCUCCGGNUCCUCUCUCUCCUUUGCUUUUAGGCCCGAGAACACUGCUUGAAGAUGUUGGUAGAAGCUCUGAGCAGCAACCAGGAGGCAGCCCCGACUGGACAUGGGUCAGACCCCCACACCUGCGCCGUGGAGAUGGAGCAUGAGGCUUUCAGAACAAGUAAAAUGUCCAACUUGUACAAAGCAACGGUGCUAAAGAAGGUGGCGGAGAUCAACAAAGCCUCGAAAGAAGGGGAGUUGUAUCCAGCGUUUGGGUCAGGAGCUGGUGAGAGCAGCAGCCCCAGGACAAAGCCUGACCCCUCAGCUGACGAUGGCUUUCUCCCUGCAUCCCAAGUCUACUCGUUUAAACCCAAGCGGGUAGGAGCUGGGUUCCGCAAGAGUUCCAGCUUGUUCCAGACUGCUGCCGAGCUGCUGAAGACAACGCAGGAGAAUGAUGCUAAGCCUGUGGAGCGGGAAGGGAAUAGUCCAAGCAGGCAAGGUGGCAGCAAAUGUGGUUCAGAAAUGGCCAGAUUCUCUACCCUCAAGAGCGAGGAAAAGGCAGCUGAAGUCGUACACGAAAGUGCCCUUGACGAGACGGGAGAGCAGCCCAGUUCUAAGGCAGAUGUCCUGUGGGAGAGCCCUAACAAGAAGGCAAAACUCACCAGGAAGCAACAGCUGCUAGCAGAAGCAGCCAGAAAAGAAUCCCAGGACAUUUCCAAAUUCUUCUCUGUCCCCAAAGCUGGGCUUCCAGCCUCAGACCGCGUCUCGGCAGAGGAAGAUGAUUGUCCUGUGAGCGAGCUACCUCGGUCUCCUUCUCACAGAGAACGUCAGCAGAAAGAGGCGCCUCGGGCAAAUGCCGAUGUCCCAGGAGGAGACGCGUCUGGGCAACCCCAGGUGGAGCAUCAUGAGGCAAGGAAGUCGGAGGAAGCACUGACUGAGAGAAGUCAAGACUUGGAGUCAGAGCACGACCCUGGCUCUGAGGCCACACAGGCGGGACUAGAUGGUCUGGUAAACUGCAAUGAACCUGGCUGGGAAAUCGGAACAGCCUGCACUGGGGAGCAUGAAGGUGGGAAGAGGCCAGGAUCAGAUGAGGAUCUGGAGAGCCCUGUGAGGAAGAGGCUGCAGACGGCAGCAACGUCUUCCAUCUUGUGGCAACCAGAGGGCAAAGGCCUGGGCCCAGUGAAGAAGAAGGUGACUUUUGAUCCGAGUUUGUCUCAGGUUGAUAAAGAAGGAACGACCAAGACCAUCCAGCCAGCGCUCAAAGGCGUGUCCCUCAAAGAGACCGCAGAUAUCGUCGUCAAAUACCUGACCCCUUUCUACAAGGGUGGUAAAUUUGCUUCCAAGGAGCUGUUCAAGGGAUUUGCCCGACACCUCUCGCACUUACUGACAGAGGAGAAGAAUCCCGUCCGCAAGGCUGUGAAAGAAGAAGCCCAGAGACUCAUCAAGGAGUUUUUCAAAACCCGAGUCCGGUGUGAAAACGAGACAGACUGGCAAGAGCUGCCCAGCUUGGAAAGAUGAUCCCAGCUCGCCCGGCUCUCUCUGACGGGGGGGAGUUUCCUAUUCAUGUGGCUGCUUGUUCUCCAUGGCAUCGAGAACAUCUCCAGGGCGGCGACCCUCUGGGCAUCUGUCUGGGGAGCGCCUCUGUUGCCUAAUGGACGACACAGUCCUUCAACAGCUCUUGCAAAGGGGCCUGGGGUCUGCCAAUGCUGCUCAGCCAUCCUGCUCUGCAUCCCGUUGCUGGCUGUGAAGGGCUGAGAAUGUCAGGCUCCGAUUCCACGUGGGGUGCAAAUCCUGCUGCUCCCCGCAGCUGUGUCUGAUCCUCCCCCCCACCCCGAUGCUUUUAUUGAAAUGUUACCAGUUGAAGCCUUACAUUGAAAACACAUUCAAAUGCCCACGCUUUGCUCAGGGUUCCUUUGAUGGGAGCUGGUGGUUAAGUUCCUAGAGGGGAUGUUUGUUUUGGAAAAAACGUUUUGUUUUAGACGAUGGGCUAUGGCAGCAUCUGCUUUCCCACAGCCUGGGACCCCUUGCAGGCUUGUGGGUUGUUGGUUUUUUUUUUUUUAAACACCCUGAAUUUUGGUUUUUACUCUGGCCACCUCCGGGUGCUCUUUCACUGGCGUGGGCACUAGUGCCUUAGCCUGGGCAGACUGGCAGAUCUCUUGCCACUGCCCCCCAGGCUGUUACAAGGGAGCAACACCAAAGUUCACGUACUUCCCUAGCGUUUGCUUCUAGCCCCUGAAGCCAUAUCUGCUCGCUGUGCCUAACCCAGGGACUUAGGGCAGAGGGUGAUGCUGCUGGUCCAGCCAAUGACCUGCCCGCUGCUGUGACACUUGGCCCCAGUAGCUCUGGUGCAUCUGCUGCUGUGUUAUGCAAGGGCCUGAAGUGGGGAAGUCGGUGAGUUGUAACAUGACCCUAGUGUCCAGGACUGUCUGUUACAUGUAGUAGUUGGGGGCUCUGCCUGGCGCUGAUAUUGGCCUUGCUUGCAAUAGUGCUGCUACAGCGACCCGCAGGGGAAACUGGGCUUGUGUUACUGCAGGGUGCAUAGUAAAUGGACAAUAAACCGAAUGGGACAGUU